AACAGUUCUCUCCGUUGAUCCUGGAGAAGUCAUAGGUUGCACGAGGAAGGAGAUGAAGCCGAAGCGGUCGAGGGCGGCCCCCAUGGCCGCGCUGUGCGUGCUCCUCCUCCUGGUGCUGCUGCCCGGGCAGGCGGCCGCCCAGUCCCAGUCCCGGUCCGAGUACUGCGAGUGCUUCGACGGGUGCUACCUCAGCUGCAGGAACGACCACCACAACCCGCGCUGGGACUGCAUCCCGUCUUGCCAAGACUCGUGCACCAUCUUCACCAGCCAGGCCGGCGGCGGUGCCGCCCCGUGCGACUGCGAGACACGCGCCUGCGAAUCGUCAGCGGCGCUGGCCGAUGCACCUGGCGCCGCGGUGGAUAAUUAGCCUCCAAGCUGCUCCGUUUUAGGAGAAGAGAGGAAGAUCUGAAGAGCUAGCUUGUCGAUCAUGCAUGGGAUCGUAUACAAACGAUGUUGAACGGCUGUGAUUGUAGCAGCAGCCAAUGAAAUGAGUUUCUGCCGAUGUUAUGUUGAUACACAAGGCGUGUAAUAAUGUUUCCAUGGCUGGAUCACAAUUCACAACAACCAAAUUUAUUUGUCUUCUUUUGU